AUGCUCCUUUGGAAUCAGGCAGUCAUGCCUAGUUCUACACCAUUUCCGGAGUUAUUUACCCACAUUCUGCUAUCAGUCUUGAUAUUCUUCGUCUACUUCUGGUGUCCUUCCUCUGCUACUACUAAAACUUCACUUCCUCGCAACGAAAUUGUCCAGUUUUAUGGUCUUGGUGACCAUGUAUGCCACGUGCCUACUGAUGAAUCUGUAUAUCGAAUCGCUAUUCUUGCCCCUUUUGAUCCUUCUCUCUUGGAUUUUUCUGCAUCUCCACCUCAACAUAAGCGAGUUAGAACCUCCCCGCCCUCUAAUUUAGGCAGUGGUUUCAUCAACGUCUUUUCUACUCUUCUAAAGAACUCCAAGAUAGCAGGAUAUCUGGCCCCUCUUUUGGAUUUAGUGCUUGAGCGUAUUCGAAACACUCCUCAAUUUUCCAAUCUUCCCUCACUUGAGUUUGCCUGGGGUGACACCAUGUGUGAUAUGAAGGAAUCUCUGGAUUUAAUGUUUCGCUAUCUUUUGGAUGAACCUGUGCACGCAUUUAUUGGACCCAUAUGCACUUUCCCUCUGGCCAACACUGCACGGAUAAUCGGUGCCCGUUUUCGACGCCCCUUAGUCACCUUUGGGGGUUUCGAAGUGGAAUUGGCCGAUAAAGUGACCUAUCCCCAGCUCACACGCGUUGGCGGGAAUUACGCAUCGCUGAAUGGUGCUCUCAAGAGUAUCUUCCUUUAUUUUGGCUGGCAGCCCAGACCCCAUAAAAAUGUCGCCUUGUUGCAUGUACAAGUUGAUUCUACCACAGCGGAACUACAGGGUAUUAGUAAGCAAAUUGUCACUGCUGCCCAAUCGGCCUAUUUUGCUGCCAAAUCGAUUUUGAAUGAGGAAAGUUUGGGAGACUUCAAAGUGGAGGGGAUUCUCACGCAGUUUCAGAAUAAUGAAGACAUUCUUGCGAGAAUGCAGCAAAUUUCAUCUUAUGGACGAAUUAUCAUUCUUUGUGCGGAUCCUCAGUCAGUGCGAGAUCUCAUGCUCGUUGCGGAUGAAUUGGGAUAUAUCAAUGGAGAGUAUGUCUUUAUCAAUGUCGAUCUUCUUCGCAGCGUUGAAGAGCAGCGUCGACCAUGGUACGACGAGAAUUCAAGCGAAGAAGAGAACGAGCGUGCACGACAAGCCUAUAGAGCCUUGUUGACAAUAACCCUCCGCAAACCCGACAAUGAGGAGUACAGGAAUUUCACUCGAGAGGUCCAACGUCGAGCUCUUGAGGAUUAUAAUUACACUUACACUGGCAAAACCGUGAAUCCCUUCAUUGGAGCCUUCUAUGAUACAGUAAUGCUCUACGCUCUUGCUCUGAAGGAUACAAUCGACAGCGGAGGUAGCAUCUACAACGGAACUAUGCUCACUUACUACAUGCGGAAUCGCACUUUUCGCGGAAUUGCUGAAAAUGUGAGCAUAGACGAGAACGGUGACCGAACUACCGAUUACUCUCUCCUCGAUAUGAAUCCUGAAACGGGCGAUUACGAGGUGGUUGGACACUACUCUGGCACUUCGAAGAAGUACCUGGCCCUCCCCUCAAAGACAAUCGAUUGGGUGAAUAAGGAUAACACGCCUCCUCCGGACACUCCACGUUGUGGAUUCGAUGGCAAGAAGUGCCAUAAUGAAAAUAUUAUACGGAUUAGCAUCGGUGUAGCUGUUGCUAUGAUACUUCUUCUAAUCUGCUUACUCAGUGGUGGUAUGUUCUUUUACAGACGAGCUCGUUUCAACGCUGAGAUUCGUGCAAUGAAUUGGAUAAUUCCCUGGGAACUCCUCGAUCCAGAAAACAAUCGCAGUCGUCAUCAUCGUGUCAAUAAGCUUGGCUAUGUCAACCAGAAAUCUGCCGCUGUUGGUCGAGGUAACACUUCGGACAUCACUCCUGCCUUACCACCAAUUCCAAUAACGACGGUCAAUGCUGCUACCAGCCCAUCACCAAGCACAGGUUCAGGUGAAAAGACCAUCGUUUUGGGGAUUGACGUACCAAAAGCCACAUCUCCAGAGCGUCAAUUUCUCCUCUCACCUGACAAUGACCUUGAUCCUGAUCUCACCAAACCAUCAACCCCUCCUGCUUCUAAUCUGACUUCCAAAGUCACCUUUGAUUCGGCUCCAGUUCUGCAUGAGCUCAAGACGCAGAAGAAAAAGAGCACUCAUCGAAGUUUCUUCAAAGACAACUCGCCUCCAGAUACUCCAAUGGUUGAUUCCUGGGUACCAGCAACUCCAGGAGGGAACAAUGGAAUGGGUGCAUGGUGGAAGCGUCAGCAACGUUGGUCGAAGAAAUCAGAUGCCCCAAGUCAGGAUGACUCAAACUCUGGUGCUUCAGGCGGUGGCGGUGGUGGUGAUGCAACCAGUAGCGGUUGGAUGAAUUGGUUAGAAGGAGCAAUUACACAGGGAGGUGUGGGGCAGAAAAGGAGUGUUCAGGAAUUUGUACAACAGCAAAGUCAAGGUUCGGCUAUGAGCGAGAAAAAGCGAUCUAGAAAGUUUAGUUCCAAGCGACUCUCUUCACAUUUGAAAGCGAAAAGGAAGAAGUCGUCCCUUGCUUGGGAUAAUGAAUUAGUAAACAACAAGACUUUGGUGAGUAAACUCCGUUUUUUGGAUUUUUUCGAUCGAUUCGACAAUAACAGCUUUAUUCACCAUAAAUUCCUACAAAAUCCCGGCUUCAUAAGAAUGGAAGGAAUCCAUGAGGCAUAG